AUGACGUCACCCGAAGGAAGACGCUACACAAAGAAUCUUUCGAGAACUAUCACUAACAGAAUUAAGCACAGACUAACCGGUAGCGAUUUCAAUACGGGCAAAGUGGAUGUACAGAAACAAGUUGAUCGCCUUGUUGAGCAUGCAACACUUCAUGAGAAUCUUUGCCAAUGUUAUAUAGGAUGGUGCCCAUUUUGGUAG